GUGAGCGGAGCUGCCGGGCCGGCGGGCGGAGCGACCAGUGGCGUGCAGAACCGACGGUUCGGAGGCAUCGCGGAGCUGGGGUUGGCGCCGCGCAGAGCCCUCCCACCUCAGCGCUGCCUCCUUUGCACCUGGGCCCUGUCGCCCGCGACGAGGAUGAUGAUGUGGUCCAACUUCUUCAUGCUCGAGGAGGACCGCCGGCUGGGGGCCGCCGUGGGCCGGCGGCGAGCUCACGGGGCGCGCAAGGCCAGCAUGACCCCUGAGCACGAGGGGAAGAUCAAGCUGGCGCUGCUGCUGACCUCCGUGGGUGCCACGCUGGCAGUGCUGGCCGUGGGCACCGAGUUCUGGGUGGAACUCAACACCUACAGGGACAACGGCAGUGCCGUCUGUGAUGCUGCCCACCUGGGGCUCUGGAAGAUGUGCACCAAGCGACUGUGGCAGGCGGACGUGCCCGCGGGCAGAGACACCUGCGGCCCAGCGGAGCUGCCCGGAGAAGCAAACUGCACUUAUUUUAAAUUCUUCACCACGGGAGAGGAUGCUCACAUCUUCCAGAGAACCACAAAGAAAGAGGUAAAUUUGGCAGCUGCGGUGAUAGCAGUGCUAGGCCUGGCAGUCAUGGCCCUGGGGUGCCUCUGUAUCAUCAUGGUGCUCAGCAAAGGUGCAGAGUUCCUGCUCCGGGUUGGAGCCAUCUGCUUUGGCCUCUCAGGCCUGCUGCUUCUGGUCAGCCUGGAGGUGUUCCGCCAUUCCGUGCAAGCCUUGCUGCAGAGAGUUAGCCCUGAGCCCCCCCCGUCCCCAGCCCUGACCUAUGAAUACUCCUGGUCUCUGGGCUGUGGCUUGGGGGCCGGCCUGGUCCUGAUCCUGGGGAGUGGCUUCUUUCUCCUGCUCACCCUGCCUCCCUGGCCCUGGGGCUCCCUCUGUCCCAAGUGGGGGCACAGGGCCACCUAGGGCCACCAUUGUGCUUUCUCUAAGCAACUCCCAAACCCUUCUCCUUUCUCCAUCGUGCCCCUCAGAAUCUUUUGCCCCAUGUCCUAGAGAAACUGUGUUCUCCCUGCCCUGGGGGCCCAUGCUGUUUGCACAGAACUGCCCCUCAUGCCCUCAUCUUUUUUCUCUGUAAAUAUGUUUUUCUCGGGGGCUAAAUUUGGGUUGCUUAGGAGUGGGAUGGGGAGAGGAUUUUUGCAAACGAGGGUCCCCAGGGAAGGCUGGUGGGGACCUGAUGGGGUAACUAGGGAGUGGGGGGGUGGGGUCAGGGGGUCUUGGGAGGGAGUUGGAGCUAUUUGUUCCACAGAUUUGGAUGUAUUCGCUUGUGGGAGAGACUUCCUCCAGGGAAACAGGGGAAGGGGGGAGGAGAGAAUCUCUGGGUCUGACCUCACUGUUGUUGAUUUGGGAUUAAAGGUUUGGAAAUUUAACAACUUUGA